GAUUGCACUGCAAAAGUUAUUUGUGGGGCGAGGUUCUCUACCUAUCUCUUUUCCUUCACCCGCACCUACUACAACGCCAUGAAGCGAUCUCGCGACACAAAAGCAUCCCCCACCGAAGACAGCGUCGCGAGAUCAUCGCGGUCGCGCUCAAAACGUUCCAAAGUCCAAGCGUGUUCCUCGUGUCGUAGGCACAAGACGCGCUGCGAAGUUCUUGAUUUGGAACGUAGCGUCGUGCGAUGCCAUCGAUGUAAUGUUCUAAAAAUCGACUGCUCUUACGAGGACAUGGAUAAAUCUCUUUUCGCUCCAGAGCCUUCGGUCGCCAAAUCUUUCCCGCAAUCCAGCGCAGAAGCCGCGACAAUGCAGUCAGCGUAUGAUUUAGGAGUGGGCGGUAGACUUCUUGAUAGCGGAAUGAGCUCUGGAAGUCCCAGUACUAUAUCUGACUCGCCUCUCGCUGCAGGUAGUGACUCAAACAGCGACUUUCCGCGCCCUGACAAUAUGUGGUCGUUCGUACCCCACCGUCUUGACUGGUCGAUGCCUUUGGUAGCAAUACAGGAGUUAGCGAGGCAGCCCCAGCAGGAUCAAUUCCAUACCUCUGCGAUGAAUGACCAAUCACUAUCCAGCAUCCUCUCCCAAGCAGAAAUUGAUCAUCUCGUCACUCUAUUUUCUGUUAAUUAUGUUCCUUGGUUAAACUUCACGUUAGCUGGAGAAGGUCCAACACCAUUCCUGGAUCUUGUCUGUUGCACAGUGGCAUCGCGCUACCUUGAUGCUUCUACACGAGCGCUCGUAGCGCCACGACUUCAAAGGUUGGCCGAGGAUACGAUCGCUCGCAUGAUUUUCAAUCCUGAAUUAUUCGAGUCUCAAGAGACUGUAAAGGGUCUUAUCAUUCUGUCGCUGUGGACGCCUAUAUGUGGCCCCUCGAAGGGCGGUGGCCGCGAUGGUCGGAUGCUGAUUAGCAUGGCUGUCAGCAUGGCCUUAAACCUCGGAUUAAGUGAAGCGUCUGCAACGGCAAUUAGCAUUCGAGAUAAAUUACCAUAUGACCAAGCAGCUGUGGAUGAGGCUACGAACAAAGCGAGACUAUGGGUCACACUCUCGACCACCGAAUCCAUGCUAUGUAUCGGCACACGACGUACACCUCUAUCUCGUCGUUCGCCCACUGACCUGUCGAUUUUCCCUAUAAUAUCUCCGUCGAAUGUAUCAGACGGCCGUGACUUACGAAUACGGCUGCUGGCAGAAAUUUACAACGCGGCGGAACAAGGGAUGGCAGUAGAAUUUGCUACUCGUGAAGACACGGAAGCUUGGUACAAUGGGGUAUCAAACUCGCUUGCAGCGAUGGACAGGCUCUCUAGACUAGUCCUACCGCUCUCGGUGGUUCUAAGUCACGACCAAUUCUAUUACCAUAUGCUUCUUCUCCUCCUCCAAGGUGCUCGACUAUUAGUCUUGUACCAUGCCAUCCAACUAGCGCGUCGGGCCGUCCGUAAUGUGGACGGUGAGACCAACAUGUUCUGGUUUUUAGAAAUUAAACCUCAUGGUCUUAACGUCGUCACAAUAUGGGGGAAAGAGUGCCUUUCCAUGGGAGAGGCUAUCCUUGUGUCGUUGCUGAAGGCUGACAAGUCACUGCUUCCCACAACACCUGACAUCACGUUCAUGACGAUAGCGUUGGCUGGCGCUCUAGUGGUGGGGGUCAAAUACUUGAUGGUGGAAAGGGUGGGGAUAGAACUUCUUGGCUCUGGUGACGCAUUGCUCGAGCAGAGUGUCCAGUACCUCUCGCAAGCGGCCUUCUCACGAGAUCAUGUAGCUGAGCGGUGUUCAGCGUUGCUGCAUACGAUGUAUUCCUCUUGGAUGAAGCGGCAAAAAGCCGAGUUCAUUUAUCUGAGCCCCUUGGAGCUUCAUCAGUCCGGCGCGGCCGCGCCCGGUGUGUUCCCUACUUCGGGUGUGGGGACGGAGGGGCAUGAGGCAGAUGCUUCGGAUCCGUCGAUGUUCCAGGAUAUUCAGUUUUGGUCUACAUUAUUCGGAGGGCAAGGGGGUGCAGACUCGACGGUUUAUCCUCCGAGUAACAUGCGUGAGACAUAUACCUAG